ACCGUAUCCUAUUUCUACCGAAUUCGAUUUCAUUUUCGUUUCAACAAACCACUAAAUCCCAAUUCCUUAAACCCUAAAUUGCGAAAAUGAGACCUUUGGACGAGACCGAAACCAGCGUCGUCUUCGAAAAGCUCUUCAAAUUCGUCGGCAACAACCUCAAAAACCUCGUCGAGAAUCCCUCCCAUGAAGGUCCAGAUUCCACCCCUGGUCGCUACUGUUUCCGUCUCAACAAGAACAAGAUCUACUACUGCAGCGAGUCGCUCGUCAAGCGAGCCACCAAUAUCGCUAGACCUAAUCUUGUUUCACUCGGAACAUGUAUCGGAAAAUACACUCACGGUGGAAACUUCCAUCUCACAGUUCAAGCGCUGAAUUUGCUAGCUGCUAAUGCUAAGCAUAAGUUUUGUUGUCUGGACAUAAUGUCAGGUCACUCUGCUCUCAGAUUGCUCGAUUCCUUUGUAAAACCACCAACACCACCUGUAUCUUUAUUGAAACUUCUUCGGAAGGAGGAAGAUGAUGAAGAAGCUGCGGAAGAUUAAAUAUGCAAGUUAUAGAGUUUAUUGGUUAAAGGUGUUGUUAGUCUUUUGAUUUUAUUGUUUUGUUGGACGUUGUCAUCUCAUUGUGUAGUGUAAUAGUAUCUUGUUUGUAGUAACCUACAUUUCUUCCUGCCUAAAUGUUUUAUGCCUUGUAUUUUUUAAGAAAAGAUACAGGGUUUUCAAACUCA